UCCAACGCUGCGUAUGAGUAACGAGGUGUGCAAUGCCAGGGUUACCAAACCCGCUGCCAAGGUGACCCUCGCUUGCGGUCUAAACAAGGCAAAACAAACAAACCGGAGACCGCAUAGUUACUAUCUCAACUGCUGUACACAUUUUGAACGCAGUGAAAAUAUUCCAUCCACAGUGAAUUGAAGCCAAAUUUUUGGAGCAACAUCUUCUUGCAACAUGCCUUGUCUAUCGGCCUGCAAUGUGCGUUUUGUGAGCGCCGAGGCGCAGCUGAAGCAACGAUGCCAAGAACUGAGAGCACGGGCCCAGACUGCAGCCUAUCGUCCGCCUCCGGGUGGCUUUAGACCCAUGACAUCGAUGGCCGCCAAUCCGCCCAGUUAUAUGAGCUUUCGACGACGCAGCGAACAAUUUGCUGCCUUCGAUCAGAAGCAAUUAAAGCGCAAUGAACGCGAACGGCGACGCAAUCAAGGUGCCAAGGAGUUGGUGCUGCGACCCGCCGAGCUCAAGCGGCUGAAGCAACAAUGUCAGGUGGUGAGCAUCGAUGACAAGCUGCAGGCCAUCGAGAGGAGCGAAACAGAACAUCGCCGGCAACUGCAGCUAGUCGAAGAGACGAAGCAACGCUUCAAGGCCAUCGAUGCGGCACGCAAGGCGGAAAAAGUGGAGCCGCAAUGCGAGGAGGUGAGUGCCGCCUUGGAGGAGCAGAACACGGUAUUGAGUCGCGCUCUCCUGGCAAAGCAGGAGCAGGAGGAGGAUGUAAAGCGCAUCAAUCGCAUGAUACUCGAUGCCAAGUGCAAGGCGGUGCGUGAGGCGCAGAUCCAAGAGAAGCAGCAAAUGGCUAAAGCGUUGCGUGAAGAUGAUGAGCGUCUGGCCAAAAUGGUCAACGAGCGCGCAAAGCAAGCACUGAGCGCUGAAGACGAACGCGAACGUUUGGAGAUCGAGAAGCGAGCAAAGUACGCGCAGGACAUUCGUCAGCAGCUGAGUGAGCGCGAGAAUCAGCGAUUCCUUGAGGCACAACGUGUGGCCGCCGAGGCCAAGCAUUUGAAGAAGGCGACAGAGUUGAUACGCGAAGAGGAGGAGCGACAGCGCAACUUCAUACAGCUGAGGAAACUCCGUUUUCGUGAGGAGCUGCAACGCAUACGUGAGAUGUCCAGCGUGUUCAAGACAAUGCUCAUCGAGCAGGAGCGUUUGGCCGAGCUGCGUGUGGCGGCCUAUAUGCGUGAGAAGCAGGCCAAGGAGCGUCAGCUCAAAGACACACAGAAGCUACUGAAGAAGGAGUUUGAGCGACGACAGCAGCGCAUCUACACAAUCGCAGCCGAGGCGCAAGAGACACGCGAAACCAACGAGGAGCUAAAGUAUCUCAAGGAACGCAAUCGCGUGGAGCGCGAGUAUCGUCAGCGAGAGAAGGAGGCAGCGAUGGCCAAGAGACUGGCCGAACGUGAUCUCCUCGAGUCGCGUGCUCAGCAGGCGCAGGAGAUGAAGCAACGCAUUGCCCAGGAGAUUGCCCAUGCCGAGGAGGAGUUCAACAAGGUGCUGGAACGCAUGCGUGACGAGGAGGAGAAGCAACGACGCUUGGAUCGCGAGCGUGAGGAGCGCAGUCAAGUCUAUAGACGUGAUCUCAAGCAGCAAAUGACGGAGAAGGAGGCGGAGCGACGACGACGCGCUGACAUCGAGCAGGAUCGAAUGCAAAAGUGGUUGGAACAGGAGCAGCAACGAGAUGCGAACAUCAAGCAUGUGAUCAGCUCGAAAAUCGCAGCAAUGCGUGAGAAUUGUCUGCCAGAGAAAUAUUUAAAAGAGGUGGAGAAGCAGCUGAAGAACAUUCAAAGCUCGCGCAAUCGCAAUCGCAUACGCUGAAGCGGUUAGAAGCGGCAUAGCUUGCGGCAGUUGUCGCAGUCAAUUUGUAUUAACAUAGCGCGCCUAGAAGUAUGCAACACUUUUCUACCACCUUGCCAUGUGAACUUGAACUUUGCUGAA